AUGGUGGGGGGUCUCGGCGAGAAGAAAAAGAGGCCUCAGAGAUACUGGGAGGGGGAAGAAGUGAGAAAACCUGAACCUGAGCAGGUGGGCCCUCCAGACUCCAAGAAGCCCUACCAGGAUGGAGGCCAUCUGGGAAAGAAGUUGGAACCUGGCAGAAGGGACCAGAUUUCCGGGAAAAAGAGGCCCCAGCAAUAUUGGGAGGGGGAAGAAGUGAGCAAACCUGAACAUAAGCAGGUAGAUCUUCUGGACUCCAAGAAACCCUGCCAGCCUGGGGUCCAUGUGGGGAAGAAGUCAAAGCCUGGCGGAAGGGAUCAGAUUUCAGGGAAAGUGGAUCCAUUUCCUGGGCCAGCCGUCAUCUCCGAUGAGUGGGUGCAGAAAUUCAGGCGAGGGACCAAACCCAAGGAGAAGGGGAAGGUGUCAAACAAGCAGCUCAGGCACAAACUGGCCCUACAGGAGGAGAAGGCUGAGGCGGCGGCUAAACAGGCAGCACGGAUGGAUCUGCUGCUCCUGGAAGAGCCUGGCUUCCUGGAAGGGGACGAGGGCGAAGACACCUGUACCAUCACCCAGGCGGACAUUGCUGAUGCUGUGGACCUGGCUGCCGGUGCCAAGCGUUUUGAACUGCGUCUGGCCCAGUUUGGUCCCUACCGGCUGAGCUACACGCGCAAUGGCAGGCACCUUCUGCUGGGAGGACGCCGGGGCCACGUGGCAGCUCUUGACUGGCACACGAAGGCCUUGCUGUGCGAGAUCAACGUCAUGGAGACCGUCACAGACCUGGCGUGGCUGCACACGGAGACGAUGUUUGCUGUGGCCCAGCGCAAGUGGCUGUACGUUUACGACAACCAAGGCGUGGAACUCAGCUGCUUGAAACGCUUCCAUGGAGUCCAGCGGAUGGAGUUCCUGCCCUAUCACUUCUUACUGGCCACAGCGAGUGAGACAGGCUUCCUCCAGUAUUUGGAUGUCUCUGUGGGAAAGGAGGUAGCCACCAUCUGCACCAAAGGGGGCCGUCUAGGCGUCAUGACGCAGAACCCCUCCAACGCCAUCGUUCACCUGGGGCACAGCAAUGGCACUGUGACGUUGUGGAGCCCCAAUGUUAAGGAGCCUCUGGUGCGGAUGCUCUGCCACCGCGGGGCUGUGAGAGCAUUGGCUGUUGAUGGCUCUGGGAGCUACAUGGCAACCUCUGGUCUGGACCGAAAACUCCACAUCUAUGACCUGCGGACAUAUCAGCGCCUCCACUCACUGCUGCUGCCCAUUGGGGCUGGGCACCUGGACUUCAGCCAGAGGGGGCUUCUGGGGGCUGCCUGCCAAGAGGUGGUCCAGGUCUACAAGGACAUUUCUGUUUGCCCAUCCAAAAAGCCUUACUUGUGCCAUGCCCUGCCCCGCGCUGCCCAGGGCCUGCGCUUCUGCCCCUUCGAAGAUGUGCUGGGGGUAGGUCAUGAAGAAGGCUUUGAGAGCCUCCUUGUGCCAGGAGCUGGAGAGCCCAACUUUGAUGCCCUGGAGAGUAAUCCCUUCCGAAGUCGGAAGCAACGGCAAGAGUGGGAGGUCAAAGCCUUGUUGGAGAAGAUACCAUCAGAACUCAUCUCGCUCGAUCCUGGACAGCUGGGCACCGUGGACACCAUCUCCCUGGAGCAGCAGCGCCAGGAGCGGGUGGCGAGGCUGGGCUACGAUCCUGAGGCUAAGGGCAAAUUCUCCCCCCGGCGGCGGAUGAAGGGGCGAGACUCGGCGGGCAGCCGGCUAAAGCGCAAGCAGAAGGUGGCUGCCGAGGAGCAGCGGGCCGCCAUUCGGAAGAGCUUGGCUGAGAAGGGCCAAGUCCAGGAGCCAGAGAGUCCUCCAGAGGCGUUCCCUGCCAGCCGACGGUCGGCGUUGGAUCGCUUCCGGAAGUAGGCGUGGCUUCAGGAGGAAGAAAUUGCCCCCUGUGGGGGUGAAAGAGGCCCUGGGCACCCAUCAAGCGGAGCAGGAGCAGAGGGGUGUGCCCCCUUGGACAUUUGGCCUCCUGAGCUUGCUUCCACAUCGCCAGUAUUCAAAUGCGGAUUCUGUGCCUGGCGGGGCCUCUGCCUCCCAGCGCUGAGAGGGAGGGCUCUGGGCUUCCUGGGACUCGCACAUCAGAAGCCCUCCGCACCCAUCAGGGACCCUUGUGAUAAAGCACCUCCC